UCAUAUCAGAUAAUUAAGAGAACAUCACACUUUCACACAGAAUAUAAAACAUUUCAAGCUGUUUUUAUCAGCUAACCUCAUAUUCUCCAUUAAUCAGCAGAAACACAGAUAUAAUAUAAUUACAGUAUAUUUAUGAUUAUAGUGUUUAACUCGUUUAUUCUAAAUGUUUUCAGGUGCUAUGUUUGUGCUUUUAACUGUGAUUAUAACGAUGAUAUAAAACUAAAUCUAUGAUCCUCUGGAAGACCAGUAGAUUUUUUACAUAAAUGUGCUUCUGUAUCCCAAAUAAAGCUACUAUCAGAUGUGUUUUUCUAGAAGAGACGAAAAUAUGUUACAUUACUGAUAUUAUCAGGAAACACAAACCUGCUUGUAAUUUCAAACAAUAUGAAGAAAUUUCACACAAAUCACUAUUAACUCUGGUUUUUACAUUUUCCAUAAUUAAGCAGACAUCUGACUUUAAGCUUGAAAUAAAUAUAAAAAAAUGACAUUUAUUGUGAUAAUUAUCAAUAUAGACUGAGAUCCGCUCCGGAGCAGCAGGGGGCGCCGCUCAGAGACACAGAAGAGCGGCUCCCAUCUUCUUCUUCUUCCUCUCAAUCUGACAGAAACCAUCGCGCAGAAUGAUCGCAGCGCGCCGCGUCGGGUCGGUAGCGUCGUGUUUUCGUCGCUCGAUCACAGAUAUGUUCAUUAACAUAAAAGCAGAGUCACAGAUGAUCCCACGAAGAGCUCAGGACUACACGACCUCAGCGGAGCGGCCUGAGAGCGGACCCCGGUCACCUCCUCAGAAGCUGGACGUGUCUCUCCUGGUGUCUCUGCUGAAGCUGGAGAACGCUGCUGAUAUCUGUGUGAUCCGCACGGCUCCGGAGCUCAGGUACACGGAGCACAUGAUCAUCGCGAGCGGAUCUUCUUCUCGACACCUGAGCGCCGUCGCUGAGCUGCUGCUGCGAGCGUUCAAGCUGCUGCGGAGAGACGAGGACGGCUUCGCUCGACUGGAAGGAAGAGACUGUGACGACUGGAAGUGCAUCGACUUCGGGUGGAUGGUGCUUCACCUCAUGCUGCCGGACACCAGAGAGAAGUAUGAGCUGGAGAAGCUCUGGACGCUUCGCUCGUACGACGAACAGCUGAAGCGCAUCCCGCCAGAAACACUGCCCUCAGACUUCAUCUACGAUAUCUCUCACACACACACACACACACACACACCUGAGCGACUGAAGCCGGUCUGAGCUCGGUCGUCUGAGGGGCUGAUGAGGAACGAAAUGCUGGAGAAAAAUCUACAGCGACUUUAAAUAUUUAAAAACGACAAAGAUUUUGAAUAAAUUGAACUCAUGAA